AUGAAGUUCACUCAGGUCCUCGUUCUUCUCGCCACCUCCUCGACGGCCCUUGCCGCACCUGUCGCAGACACAAAGUCCAUGAUGGCUGCCAGCCCAGAAUGGACCAUCCAGAGCCUGAAGCGCGUCUGCGCCGCCAACAACUCUUCUUGCUCCUGGACCUUUGGCAUUUAUGACGGUGUCAAUACUCCUACUGCCUGCACCUACGUGGUCACUGCCCCGAAUGCCUCUGAGGCUAACGGCGGCCCUUCAGACUGUGGUGUUUAUACUGUAACGUCGGGUUGGAGCGGUCAAUUCGGUCCAGGCAAUGGCUUCACUACCUUGUCUGUUGUUGACAACAAAAAGCGCCAGAUUAUUUGGCCCGGUUACACCGAUAAGCAGCUUGAUGGCGGUAAUGUGGUCACGCCCGAUCAGAGUUACGCUCCUACUGCUCUCCCUUAG